AUGGAUGACAACAAUCAAGAUUAUAAUUCUUUUGAGCAAUAUAGAUAUAAUCAUGAUGUGUAUAUGAAGAUUCGAGGUUAUAUUGAUGCAAAUGAAUUUAAUUCUUUUCCUUAUGAUGUUCUCGGAGAUCAAACAGAAUAUAAGCAUAAUAUUACUAAGGAUUGCUUGAUGCUAAGAAAAUACUUAAGGAAUUUCAAUAAUGAGGAAGAGUGUAAAAACAAAAAUUGUUGUCAAUACAUAAACUACUUGUUAAAUAAAUCAGUGCGCAAGUAUUAUAGUUCAAAAUCAUCUAUUUUUCAUAUUUAUAUUAAAUAUAUGAAUCUUGAGAAUAAUAAUAAUAAGAUAAUGAAUUUAUGUUUGCCGAAAAUAUAUUACUUGGAUCUCGAUAAAUAUAAUAAAUUUGAUUUGCUACGUACUGCAUACGAGAAUUGUCACUAUUAUAUUUCUAAUAAGCAUUCUAGUACAUCAUGUUAUUAUGCUAAUUUAUGCGCUAGAGCAUAUAAUAAUCCAAAGUUUGAAUAUAUCAAUCGAGAUGAUAUUAUGUUUUGUAAAAAUUUAAAACAUCUUAAGGUUAUUCUUGAAGAGAAUGAACCACCCCUAACAAGUGACUGCUAUUUGAAAUUUUCGGAUUCACUUAUUUACUCUUAUAAUUGCAAGGAUCUACUACAUAAUUCAGAAAAAAUAAAUACAUCUAUGCAAACCACCAAUAUGGUAUUAGAAUUACAAGGAUCACCUGGAGCACAAGAUAUAAAAAAUGACACGGUAGGAACAGAUACUUUAAGCAAUACACUGUCAGGUACUAAUGAUAUCAGAGCACACCCUCCUAGAGCGAAUUCACAACCCCCCGUAGGGAUUAUUAUAGGUACAUUUUUAGGAUUUGUUUUACCUCUAAUAAUAAUAUAUAGGGUAAGAAAAACUUAUAUAAAAAAUAAUAUCACUUUGUAUGAAUAUUUGUAUUACGUUAUGAUGAAAAGUUAUGAAAAAUAA